AUGCCCCCCAACGGCACAGCUGACGGCAAACCCAAAGACGUGGCCUCUAAAUCGGUGGGGCUCUUCUUCAUGCUGCUCAUUGACCUGACGGCCAUCGUGGGCAACGCCGCCGUCAUGACUGUCAUCGUGAAGACGCCGGCGUUGCGCAAGUUCGUCUUCGUCUUCCACCUCUGCCUGGUGGACUUCUUGGCCGCCCUCACCCUGAUGCCGCUGGAGAUGCUCUCUGGUUCGGCCGUUUUCGACAGCCCGGUUUUCGGCGAGGCCAUGUGCCGCGUUUACCUGUUCCUCAGCGUCUGCUUCAUCAGCAUGUGCAUCCUCUCCAUCUCCACCAUCAACGUGGAACGUUACUACUACGUGGUGCACCCCAUGCGCUACGAGGUGAGGAUGACGGUGGGGCUGGUAGCCUGCGUCCUCGUCGGUGUCUGGCUCAAAGCUGUGGCCACCUCCCUCGUCCCCGUGCUGGGCUGGUUGUCACCCGACCGACCGCCGGCACCCGCCGGCCGUGGCUGCUCUUUGCAAUGGAGCCGCGGUCCCUACUGCAAGUUCUUUGUGGUCUUCUUUGCCGCCUUCUACUUCCUCCUGCCCCUCCUCAUCAUCGUGGUGGUCUACUGCAGCAUGUUCAAGGUGGCGCGGGUGGCCGCCAUGCACCACGGCCCCCUCCCCACCUGGAUGGAGACGCCACGACGUCGCUCCGAGUCGCUCAGCAGCCGUUCCACCAUGGUCACCACCUCGGGAGCCCCUCGCACCACACCGCAGAGGACGUUCGGGGGGGGCAAAGCGGCCGCCAUCUUGCUGGCCGUGGGGGGCCAAUUCCUCUUCUGCUGGUUGCCCUACUUCUCCUUCCACCUCUACACCGCCCUGAGCGCCCAACCCUUGGUGGGGCCGGCGGCCGAGACCGUGGUCACUUGGCUCGGUUACUUCUGCUUUACCUCCAACCCCUUCUUCUACGGGUGCCUCAACCGGCAGAUCCGGGGUGAGCUGGGACGGCUCCUCACUUGUUUCUUCAAGCAGCCGCCGGAGGAGGACCUGCGGCUGCCCAGCCGGGAGGGCUCCAUCGAGGAGAACUUCCUCCAGUUUCUCCAGGGCACUGGUUGUCCCACUGAGCCCCGGCCCCGCACCCCCAGCCCCAAGCGGGACCAACCUCCUGUCGAUUUUCGCAUCCCGGGGCAGAUCGAUGAGGACACGGUGGAGGGGACGGAGCGGCGUGGUGGGGAUGGGGUCUACGUGCCGGUGGUUGCCUCUCCCAAACCGGAGCUGUAG